GUCGCUGCAUGCUGCUCCUCCGCCCGCCGCUCCGCUGCGUCCGUGCCUUGUGCCGCCUGCCCGCGCCCGCGCUCAUGGACCUCGGGGAGGUCGUCUCAGCCCUCAGUAACUUCGCGUCCCUCUCCCUGGCCGAAAGCUGGGACAAUGUGGGGCUGCUGGUGGAGCCGAGCCCUCCCCACGCUGUGAACACCCUGUUCCUCACGAACGACCUCACCGAGCAGGUGAUGGAGGAGGCGGUGCAGAGGAAGGCAGAUCUGAUUCUUUCUUACCACCCUCCUAUAUUCACACCCCUCAAGCGAGUAACGUGGAAGACCUGGAAGGAGCGGCUGGUGGUGCGAGCCCUGGAGCACAGAAUCGGGAUUUACUCGCCGCAUACGGCGUACGAUGCCUUACCUCACGGGGUUAACAGCUGGCUAGCAAAGGGACUCGGUGCCUCUACUUCCAUCCCACUGCAUCCAUCGACUGCCCCAAGCUAUCCAGCUGAGAGCUCUCACCGGGUAGAAUUCCUCACAAGUACUGAGCAUCUGGACACAGUGCUGUCCAAAAUCAAAGAUAUCCAAGAGAUCUCUUGUCUCAUUACUCUCCCAGCCAGGGUUGAAGGUGAGGAGCAAACACGAGUCAGUUUGAACUGCUCUCAGAAAGCACUGUUGGAUGUGGUGGCAUUAUUGUCCCAGAACAGCCUUUAUCACAAGACUGAGAUUCUCUUACUGCAAAAGCCUCCUCUUCCCCAUACUGGAAUGGGACGUCUGUGCAUCCUGGACAAGCCAGUCUCCUUGUCAGACAUAAUCGAGCGUGUCAAAACCCACCUAAAACUACCCCACGUCCGCACAGCCCUGGGAGUGGGCAAGACACUAGAAUCACCAGUGAAGAAAGCUGCUCUGUGUGCUGGUUCUGGGAGCAGUGUCCUGAAGGGAACGGAGGCUGACCUCUAUCUCACAGGAGAGAUGUCCCACCAUGAUGUUCUGGAUGCAGUUCACAAUGGGAUAAGUGUUAUUCUGUGUGAGCACAGUAACACUGAGCGAGGCUUCUUGUCAGAGCUGCGUGACAUGCUUGCUAUCCACCUACACAACAAAAUCAACAUAAUUGUGUCUGAGAAAGAUAGAGAUCCUCUCCAGGUGGUAUAGGAGGAAAAAAUAGGAGUGAGACAAUUCAGGCAAGAGUUUCAUGGUAUCUUGCACAGACUGCAAGCUUAAUGAAGAUGCUUACAAUUGGUUCAGGAGAGAAUUACUGCAUUAUAUGGUCCCUCAAAGUUUGGGGUAUAUUUUGUCAUGUCAGAAAAAUAAAUGCUUGUUUUG